AUGGCUGAAUUUGUUGACGCGCUAAUUUCCCGUCAAAAAAUUGUGAUUUUCAGCAAAACUUAUUGUCCGCACUGUAAGCAGGUAUGGAAAAUUUGAUAAAUAAUAGAAAAUUUCGAAAUUCCAGGCUCAGCAAAUCAUUGAAGAAUAUCCGAUAAAUCCAGAAAGCCUGGAAAUUGUUCAAAUUGAUUUGAGAAAGGAUUGUCAAGAGAUUCAGACAUAUUUAGAAUUUCUGACAGGUGCCAGAAGUGUGCCACGUGUUUUUAUUGGCUCGGAGAGUUUGGGAGGAUGUGAUGAUACGAUUGAAGCGGAGAAAAAUGGAAGAUUAGCCGAGUUGUUGCAAAAAUUUGGUUUUAUUUGA